AUGGCCUCAAAGGUGUCAUGUCUGUAUAUUUUGACAGUGGUUUGUUGGGCAAGUGCACUUUGGUACUUAAGUGUCACUCGCCCAACAUCCAACUACAGUGGCUACAAGCUUAGCAAAGUGGUGUUGGCUCAGAAAAACAUUACUUUUGGCAAUAUUAGAACUCGACCUAUCAACCCCCAUUCCUUUGAAUUUGUUAUUAACGAGCCUGAGAAAUGUGAAAAUAAUGGGAGCCCCUUUUUGGUUAUUCUGAUAAGUACAACCCAUAAGGAGUUUGAUGCCAGACAAGCCAUCCGAGAAACUUGGGGUAAUGAAAGCAACUUCAAGGGAAUUAAAAUUGUCACACUUUUCCUUCUCGGCAAAAAUGCAGAUCCAGUAUUAAACCAGAUGGUCGAGCAAGAAAGCCAAAUAUUUCACGAUAUUGUGGUGGAAGACUUCAUAGAUUCAUACCACAAUCUAACCCUCAAAACUAUGAUGGGCAUGAGAUGGGUGGCAACCUUUUGCUCCAAGGCUAAAUAUGUCAUGAAAACAGACAGUGAUAUUUUUGUAAAUAUGGACAAUUUAAUUUAUAAACUACUGAAACCAACCACAAAGCCAAGGAGGAGGUAUUUUACUGGAUAUGUUAUCAAUGGAGGACCUAUAAGGGAUGUCCGCAGCAAAUGGUAUAUGCCAAGAGACUUGUACCCAGACAGUAAUUAUCCGCCAUUUUGUUCGGGAACUGGGUACAUCUUUUCCGCUGACGUGGCAGAACUCAUUUAUAAAACAUCCCUCCACACAAGACUUUUGCAUCUUGAGGAUGUGUAUGUGGGACUUUGCUUGCGAAAACUUGGAAUCCACCCAUUUCAAAACAGUGGCUUUAAUCAUUGGAAAAUGGCUUACAGUCUGUGCCGAUACCGUAGAGUGAUCACAGUACAUCAGAUUGGCCCUGAGGAAAUGCACCGAAUUUGGAAUGACAUGCAAAGCAAGAAGCACCUACGAUGUUAA